AUGGGAGAUGUAUCUCCCCAUGCAGCAGUGACUGAGAGACAGACAGGACCCUGUGGCUAUGCAGAGGGCUUCACUCAGCCCCCCUGGAGUCUGAGGACGUCACAGAUGCCCCAAUGUUCACUGCAGCCUGGGCUCACGGGCAGCCACAUCUUCCCAGGGUGGGCAGGGGGCCAAGGACAACAAGCAAGGUUCCCUGUGUCGGGUGAAGCAGGACGGGGCCUGCCCUGCUGCAGGAAGGGGUACCCAGGUGGUCCUCAGUACCCUCGGCCACAGCCAGGUGAAGCAAGCCUGAGCCAGUGCUUUGCUGGGCUCGCCAGCAACAGGCACAUCCAGUGGCUCCUGGGAGCAGACGGCGAGGUCUGGGUCUGGGUCAUGGGAGAAGGCCCUGGCGACAAGCCCUAUGAAGAGAUCUCAGAGGAGCUGAUUGCUGAGCAGGCACGGCUACAGGCACAGAGGGAAGCUGAGGAGCUCUGGAGACAGAAGGAAGCAGAGAUCACCAAGAAGUUCCGGGAUGCUCUGGCCAAUGAAAAAGCCCGGAUCCUGGCAGAGAAGUGGAAAGUGGAGAUGGAGGACCGCAAGGCUGCCAAAAUCCUGGAGGAACGCAUCCAUGAGGAAUUCAAGAGGAAAGAAGAAGAGGAGAGGAAGCAAGGAGAGGAGCAGAUUCGCCUGCAGGAGGCGCGGAGGGCGAAGGAGCUGUACUGGAGCCUGAAGCGGGCGCAGCUGCACAGCCAGACCAGCGAGCGUGAGGAGCUCGAAUGGGAAGAGCAGUUGCGCAGGAUCAAGGCGGCCGAUGAGGAGUGGAGCCUGCAAGCCCGACGUGCCUGGGACGAGUAUCGGCGCCACUCACUGUGUGCCAUCCAGAAGGGCACUGUUGCCGGGCUCAGCUGCAUGUUCCAGGGCCUUGGCCAGAACCAUGAGCAGGAGGCAAGGCUCCACCACCCACUUCCAAGCUCUGGCCCCCCACUACCCCGUGCUGUGCCCAUCAGUGGAACGUGGGAGCGACCCCUGCGUCCAGUCUCCAGAGAAGUCAUUGUCCGCUGGUUUAAGGAGGAGCAGCUGCCUCGUCGGGCUGGCUUCGAGAGAAACACCGAAUGCAUCGCGCCCUGGUUCCAUGGAAUUAUUAGCCGAGAAAAUGCAGAGGAUCUCCUGGAGAACAUGAUGGAGGGUGCGUUUCUGGUCCGAGUCAGUGAGAAGAUCUGGGGCUACACCCUCUCUUACCGCCUGCACAAAGGCUUCAAGCACUUCCUUGUGGAUGCAUCUGGGGACUUUUACAGCUUCCUGGGCGUGGACCCCAAUCGCCACGCGACUCUCACGGAUCUCAUUGAUUUCCACAAGGAGGAAAUUAUCACCAUCUCUGGGGGAGAGUUGCUACAGCAACCCUGUGGACAGAGGGAAAGCCCGCCUGACUACCACUUAUUGUUUGAAUGAUAGUUUUGCCCUUCUUCAGUUGGGUUCCUUUGGGAAACUUCCCCCAGAGCCCAGCUUAAGAACUUUGCAGCUCAAAUUCUUAUGGCCUUCAGCCUUCAGCGAGUCCACCACAAUCCAGAGGCACAAGAGGAUCUGCAUAUCUCAAACUGUGCUAAACCCGAGGCGUUUGUGCUACUGUCCCCAUCCCUGUGUGCAGGACAAACAUUGCUAGUGGCUGAUGCAAACUGUUUAUGGAGAAUCUAGCUCUGACCUCAAAAAGUGAUGCUUAUUUGUCAUGACUGCCUUAAACCACACUUCUAGAGUGCGUGGGCCAUGUUCUGAUAAUUCAGAAUAAUUCUAGUGCCGAGCCCUCCAUCUAAUAUAUGGUAGACUGUCACUAAGCGUUUGUUGAAGAAAUGCAGCUCUUCUGACAGUUUUGCAACAUGACCCAGUGUGAUUACUUCUUCCUUCUCACUCUUUAUAAAGUCAUGAAAAUACAAAGACAAAUUGCAAAGUAUUUAUAAGGAGAACACAGAAGUGACAUUCUUCAUGACCUUCAUCACACUUGUUGAUGUUUCCACAGGAAUUACCUGAGGCCUCCAAACCCCAGCUUCCAGGACAGGUGACUGAGUCUGCGAUGCCUUCAUUAUUUGGUAUCUCUCUUCCACUCUCUUGUGUCUUUGUGUCAUAUCUUGGCCCUGGCUUUGGAAUAUUAAAGUAGUGAGUUUAUCUAUUCCUACAGAUGUGCCCAAGACCAAGAUUGAAUUAUUAAUCCAAGAAUGGUGUUUGAACCUCUAACAAGAUUGUAGUCUCUAGGCUGCUGUCUGCCUGAAGUUAUUCAAAUGAUUAGCUCUGUUGUCUCUGCUUUUUUGAUUUUGAUGCUAUUGUCUACUUAAUCUGAGUAUGUUCUUCAUAUUAAUAGGAAGACUCUCCCAGUGAUGGCCCAGUAACUCAAGGAUGGUGUCUAUUUGUGCAUAACCAUGUCCCAUACAUAGGACCAUAGACCAGGAGACAGCAGAUUGUGGUAGUAAAAUUACAGGUCCUUGGAUCAAGAAGACCUGGAUUUGGAACCACAGUCUUGGUGCUCACCACCUUGCAGCAGAGUGCUUGGUGACUAUACAGACACAAAGGGACUCUAGGGACAUCAGGGGCCACUUAACCUUUCUUGUAGCUUCAGCAAACCUCUCUUAUGCCUUGCUUGCUCUCUUGCCUUACCUGUUCCCCAUGCCUUUGGCCACUUCCCAAGGCACUGUCACUAUAACCCAUUUUGCUUGGGCUCUGCUCUUUCUCCUUCUGUUGAUCACUCUCAAGCCAGCAGUGCCACAGGCUCCUCCCUCUGGAUGCCAGGAUGCAGAAGAGCUGGGAGGUCAGUGUCCAUGCAGUGAGCCCUGGACCAAAGGAGACUGAGGCAGGUGAAUUGUUUUUUGCUCCUGCUCCUCCUGGAGGACUGACUCGGGGGCUGCUCUUCACACAGCCUCUUACAAGACAGAUCUGCAAGAUGGAGCAGACAAUCACGAUGACACCCAGCAGUGGCCAGAACAGAUGACACCUCUAUGUGUGCCUCCUACCUGUUGGCCUCACUCCAUCUCCAUUUGCACCUCUAGGAUAGCCAAGGAAUAACCCAGAGGCACUGGGCACAGGCUCUGCCCUUUGGGGACCUCAGAGAAUCCCCAUCACAAAGGUGUUUAAUAACAUCAACUUUGCAAUUUCCAGAGAUUCCUUCCCUGUCUCCCCUGGUAGAUGAAAGGAAGUAGUAGGAGGAUCCUGGCUUCUGAGGACUAAAAUAUCAUUAAAGUCACCAUAUAUCUAUGAGGUCUUGGCAGAACCAAGUUUUUAAAAACAUUUUUGGUUCUGCUAUGUAUCAAAUUGAAAUUAAGGAGGAGGAGGAGAAGAAGGAGGAGGAGGAAGAAGAGGAGGAGGAAGGAGAGGAGGAGAAGGAGAAGAAGAAGAUGAAGAAGAAGAAGAAGAAGAAGAAGAAGAAGAAGAAGAAGAAGAAGAAGAAGAAGAAGAAGAACUACAACAAAAUUUCAAAACAUCAGUCAGGGGGCAACAAUCGUAUAUACAUUGUGCAUUGUCAUUUCCAAAUCAUUCACCCAGAGCACAAGACAUCUGCAUUCAAUUGUCCAAACAAUACCAGCAUAAAUCUUUCCCUUUAGUGAACUCAGAGCAAUUAGUAGUAUAACUAUCUUAACUAUAUAUAUAUAUAUAUAUAUAUAACUAUUUAUAUAUAUAUAUAUAUAUAUAAAUGCAUACACAUGUACAUAUGUUGUUUCAGCUUCUCACACUAAUGAGACAAUAUGAUGCUUACACAUGUGUUCUUAUUUAUUUCACUUAUGAGUAUGGUCUCGAGUUGCAUGCAUUUACCUGUAAAAGUCUCCAGUUUAUCCUUCUUUAUUAUUGAAUACUACUACAUCAUAGAAAAAUAACUCAUCUUUUUUAUCCAUUCCUUAGUCAAUGGUCGUUUAGGUUGUUCCCAAGAUCUAACUAUUGCAAACUGUGCUGCUAUAAACAUGGGCGCACAUACAUCAUUGUGAUAUAAUGCUCUUUUGGGAAGAUUCCUAGAAGGAGAAUAGCUGGAUUGAAUGUGACCUCUAGUCCUAGUUUUUUGAGGAAUCUCCACAUUGAUUUCCAUAGUGGUUGCACCAGUCUGCAUCUCCUCCAACAGUGGAGAAGGAUUCUUUUUUCCCCACAGCCCCUCUAGCACUUAUUAUUGCUUAAUUUCUUGAUAGUAGCCAUUCUUUUUGGCAGUGAGGUAGAAUAUCAGUGUCAUUUUAAUUUGCAUCUCUCAAAUGAGCAGUGAUGUUGAACUUUUUUUACAUAUUUAUUUGCUGUUUGUAUUUCUUCAUCUGAGGAAUGUGUGUUUAUCUCAGAUGCCUGUUUUUGAGCUGGAUCUUUAAGUUUGGGAAGGCUGAUUUUUUGAGUUCUUUAUAUAUUCUCAAUAGUAAUCUUUUGUCUGAGGUGCAUCUGGCAAACAUUUUUUAAAAAUUUUAUUUAAGGAGAAAAAGAAAAAAAAACAUAAAAAGGGUACAAGUUAUACAGAAUUUCAAAAAAAUAUACAAUAGGAAAUAAUUAUUUAAUAGAUCACAUAUUGUCAUCUUAGAAAUGGUUGUUCAAGUUACAAAAUUAAAGCAUAUAAAGUGGACAUUCAAACAGUGAGACUGCAAACAGCUCUGUUCAAUGAUCCAUCAAAAACCCAGUAAUAUGGUUAUCUAUCUUAUAUGCUUAAAUAUACAUGCAGUUAUAUCCUUUAGAGCACUUUGUUUUCCUCUCUUUUUUACAAUGACAAUUACACAUUUUGGGUUUUAUUACUCCCACAGUUCUUAUUACUUUUUUUUUCAAGAGAAUAAAAUCAAAUGUGACAUAACAAAACAGAGUCAGUCAAAUAAAAAGGAUGGACAUAGUACAUAAUGUAAAAACAGAAUACAAGGUGAUCAACAAUGGUUAUUAUAAUGCCUUUUGCUAUCUUAAAAAGAAUUGCCUAUAUCAUCUGUUAUAAUAAAAUUGAAUAAAACAGUAAAGAACAAAACCAAUAAAACUAAAACAUUGGAGACAUUAUGGGACUUCACAAGAAGAUAAUAGUCAAACCAGAACGGGCAUCAUAGUGAAUCUUAUUGCCUUCACAGUUGUUGCUUAUACUCUCAAACUUGGUACUAUCAAGCAAGAUCGAAUAGAGUAAAAUCAGUCAAAACAAGUUGGUGAGAGCAUACAGGAUUUCAAGUCAAAUUAAUAGGAAAUCAAAGUGGGUUACUAUACUAUAUCCUGCUAUUUUUUGUUUUUUUCUCUUAAUUAGAAAGAUAAAAAUAAAUAAUAAAAAAGAGGGAUUGAGAUAAAAGAGGAUAUAAUAAAACAGCACAGGUCAGAACAUAAUCAUUUACACAAAAUAGUGUUUCACUACAAGAUAUCUCGACAUAAAAAUAAUUACCGUAGUGGCUCUUUCCUUGAAAUCUUUGAGUAUAACUUCAUAUGCUGUAGCAUCAAACAUAUCAAGACAAUGUAAAACCAUUCAAGAGAAUGCCAGUAUUACAGGGUAUUUAGAACCAACUAACAGAAAAUGAAUAAUGGUUUCCAUAUAAUCUCCUUGUCUAUAAAAGUAUUUGUUUAUAUUAUCACAUAUAAUAAAAUCCAAUAAGAUACAACCUGUUCAGAUCAGUGGAGACAGAAGAACAAAACCUUGAUGGGACUUCAAAACAAGAUGAUAUUAAAUCAGCACUAGCUAUUAUGAUGUCUUGUUUUCUCCAAAAUAGCUGUUCAUACCAUCUAUUCUCCGCCUCAUUUAUGUUGAACUCUUUUUCUGUCAUUAGUUGUCAGUUUGUCUUCUUCAUUUUGCUUUCUGCUCCAUUCAUUGUGGCUUCUCUGCCACUAUUUCUGGAAUCUUGGUAUUUUUCUCUUUUAGAAUGUCCUGCAGUAUUCUCUGUAGAGUUGAAUUGGUGGUUGCAAACUCCCCUAGUUUCUCUGUAUCUUGGAAGCAGCUUGUUUCUCCCUUAAUUUCUAGGGACAGUUGUGCAGGAUAUAUCAAUCUUGGAUGGAGGUUAUUGUCUUUCAAAGCUUGAAUUAUUUCACCCCAUGCUCUUCUUGAUUUGAUGGUUUGUGCUGAGAAGUCUGCUGUAAUUCUGAUGAGUUUUCCCUUGUAAGUGAUCUGUUUCUUGUCUCUGACAGCUUUUAAUAUUCUGUUCUUAUAUUGGAUUUCUGGACUUUUGAUUAUUAUAUACCUGGGUGUAGUUCUGUUUGGGUUGUAGGUGGCUGGGGUCCUGUAUGCCUCAUAGAUCUGAGUAUCUUUACCUUUUCCCAUAUUAGGAAAGUUCUCCUUGAUUAUUUCUGUGAAUAGCCUUUGCAGUUCAUUUGUUUGUAUCCCUGCUUCUUCUUUUACAUUCUUAAUUCUUAAAUUAUAGAUCCUCGUAUCAUCUUCUAGCCUUUGUAUUAUUGCUGUUUGUUUUCUUGUUAUUUUUAAGAAGUUUUUCCUCUCAUGCUCCCACAUUACAAAUCUGUCCCUCCAGUUCAGAUAAUCUAUCCUUAGUUUCUUUCAAGCUGUUAUGCCAGCUUUCAAUAGAGUUUUUAGUUUCCUGGUAAUCUCUUUGAAUCUGCUUCAUGUAUUCUAUGUUUUUUCUAUUUUCUUCAUCAAACAAUUCUCCCCUUUUUUUCUGUUCUUCCAUUCCACCAUAUGUUUUUUCUUGGGAGGUGCUUAGCAUUUCUUUAACUAUUCUACUUAUAUCUUGCUUUACUUGGUUAAAUACGCCACUUUUGAACUCGUUUAUGAGGUCCCGGAGAUAUUGCUUUAUGUCAAUUGGUGCUGUGCCCUGAUAUUGCAUGUUUUCUGUCCUCAUUCUCCUUUGCACUUACCUUUCCUGGAUCAGUGUUCACAGGACUGGGGACUGAGAAUCCUUUCUUGUUGCUCCCUCUUUCCAUACUUUUUGUUCCUUCCAUACAAGUAUAUAUAGGAGACUCAGUUUCUUUCUUUGUGGGUUACAGUUUGUUUGAAUCACACCGGCCAGGUGUUCCCACCCACUGCAAUGUACUAGGGAGACACAGACCUGGGCAGCCUAUGCUGGGCCCGCCCCUCCAGUUCAGUUAACCUGCUGAAGGCUACCCUGCAUUAGGGUGCACUGCCAGGCACAGGGACCUGGUUUGGGCUAGCCUACUGGGUCGUAGUCCACGUUGUCACCCAAGUUAAGCACUCCCCACCAAUCCCGCCUGAGAGGGGAAUAUGACUGAAGUCACUGUGGUGUCCUGUUCCGACUAGUCUGCCUGGUCUCAGAAUGAUCUCUGUUAGAGCCUCCUAGUCUAUGGAAGGGUCCCCAUUCUUCUCACUCACUGCAGGUCAAUGCAGGGCUCCAAAAUUUUUUUUCCACGUUGAGUGUUGUCUCUUCACCCUGUUGGUGGUUCCUCUUACUGUGCAUGAGCUUUUCAGUAGGGUGAGAUCCCAGUUGUUGAUUCUUUGAGAUAGUUCCUGUGCAAUCUGGAUUUUGUUCAUAGUCUUUGCCUACAUCAAUGUCUUCAAGAGUUUUACCUAUUCUACAUUCCAGAAGAAUUAAUGAGAAUUGAAAUUGUUAAAUGCAUUUAAUUUUGCAAAACUUCUGUAUAACAUGGAAGAAAAUUUUUUAUGGCAAUCAUUAGUUGUUUUGGCAGAUCUAUUAAAUGGUUAAUAUGGAAACUGUUUAAAGGAGAGGUGUUGCUCACUAUAACAGCAAACUGAGACAACUUCACACUCAGUGGUAAUCUAGAUGGAUGUGAUGGGAUUUUCGACAAGUUGGGAGAUCUUUCCAGCAGCAGCUUUGAAAGCAGACCAAGAAAGGUUGGGAACCUGAAUCCCCCGCCUGUUGCUGCUGUCACCUCCUAAUUAAUAUGUGGCAGACAACUGCUGAGUUUUCUGUCCCUAACACCUACAUUUCAUCUUAUUUGGGACCUGAACUUUCUGCAUGUCUAAUAUAUUUUAGGUUUUACCUGGCUUUAAAAUAAAUUCCUUGUAAGUUGUCCUGCAGAUGAAAUUACUCUCUGGAAAACUGCAAUUUCAUCUUGAGAGUUUUAUUAUGCUAAUAAAUGUCAGAAUUCUCAAAUA